AUGGUGGAAGGCAACGGCGGUCAAGAGCAGCAAUUGACAUCUUUCAACUUUCUCUCCGACGAUGGGAGCGAAGAUCACGAGUCGUCGUUCGCUCCAUGGGGCUUGCUGUCGCGGGUCAGAACCGCGCUGACUGGUUCAGCGUAUCAGGCAGCAACAAGCUCUCUCACCAGUAAUGGCGCCGCGCCGGUCGCACCUUCGCUACAGGACCCGGAAGCGUCGACAAUGGCAUCCGCAUCACUUGGCGGCUGCAUUGACCGUCUAGAUGGGGGUCCGGCCGCUUCUCGACCAGCAGCCGUGGGACCCCACGUACGAAAAGCUAGCGUCGGAGGGGACGCUCGAAGCGAGAUUUGGCCAGCCAGCGCAUCGACUUCGAGAUCAGCGACUGGCACCAAGCAGCACAUCAGUGGGCUAAGUCAAGCCAGCUCUUCCCAGACGCGCGUCACAAAAUCCACCCUCAGACCGGGCUCCUCCAAAUUGGGUCUUGCCCCGCCCUUUUCAUUGCGCCCCGCGCCUGCCUCCGCACUCACGAGCACGACUGCGGCGCACGCGCAACCCAUCACACCUACCAGUGCUUCCCGGUCUGGAGAAGUCGACGAAGACAGCUUGGGAGCCCUAAAUUCUGCUGCUCGUCCUUCGCCUUGGGGCGCGGUGCCCGGCUUCCCGCUGCCCAGGGAUCUCCUAGCAGACGACGCGCGCUCGAUCAGGAGCACGUCGUCCAGGCCUCGAUCCGAAAUCGACUCUCCAUCUUUCGCAAUGCCCCAUCUCGCCUCAACUUCUGCAACUGGUGCACGAGCGUCAGCAGCGCCCUCUUCUGCCGAGGCCAUUCGGCGCCUUCGGGAGACGGACCCAGGGAGUGAUCGACGAUUCUGGUUGCCAGAUAAGCAUGCCACCGCGUGUGGUGGUUGCGGUGUACCAUUCAGCACCUGGCGAAGGAGACAUCACUGUCGCACCUGCUUUUUGGUGUUCUGUGCCUCGUGUGCCAGCAACAUGCUUCCCACACGCCAAGCAAACGGUCUUCCUGGUCCAAGGGCGAGAACGUGCAAUGACUGUGUCAGGCUUCUUCGAGAUACCGCUCCCAGCUCCAAACCUGCUCGUCUCGUGCCGAGUCCUUCGGCCUCCGCUUUAGAAAAGUCCGAUAUUAGCGCUCCUCUUGAAGCAUCGAGCAAAAGCCCGCAAGCCCAGUUCGCUGCCAACGCACUGUUCUCAAGAACAAGAGGUCUUCCCAGCACCCUAAGCAUAGGUGGUUUGGCUGGAUUUGGGCCUGAUGACUUUGGUUGGGACAGCCGCGCCGCGUCGCCUGAUCUGAUCGCUGUAGACCCGGAUGCUCCCGUCUCUCGUACCGGCAUGUCUCAAAUAAGCUCCGCAGCUCCUUUUCGCAAAGCUCUUGCAGACGACGAUCAGAUUGCCGUCGCUCCCGAUGAAGAGACAGAUCCCGCCGAGUCGAAUGGGGUGGUAGUCGACGCUUCCUCUCCUCGAGACGCGGCUGCGUCAACACCAGAUGGGGCCCCUCAAGUCGGCAAGUCGGGCUUGCCACGCAGCCUACCCCUCAUCGCAUUUCCAACUCAAUCAGCGGAGGACGACGGCGACGACGCUCGUUCAGACACUGGCGCAUCUAUACAUAGCCACACUAGGACUCGAUUGGCGAGCGAACUCGGAGGGCACGCGGACCCGCGUGCGAGGCUCGUGAGCGAUGCCGCUCUUCGCGCGAUUCGCAGAUCUCGGCUCCGCAGCCGCGUGACUGUCGAAGAUGUAGACCGUGCCAAAGGCCACGGAGAGCCUGGCAUUCCAUGCCCGAGCGCAGUUGGACAUUCGCGCCAUCAGAGCCUUCUUGGCGGUCAACAAGACGCACUGCCCUCACACGGUCUAGGGCCGCACGCUCUUGCACAUCUAGUGAAAUUCUUGAAGCAGUCUCUCAGGCAGGCGAAGCUCGGCGGAGGAAACCAAGAUUGGGAGCGCGUGCUGCUGCCCUUGAUUUUGUCGGUGUGCGCCAAGGUGCGCCCACGGCCCCGGGCUGGAGAGUCGGCCGAUGUCCGUGCCUAUGUCAAGAUUAAAAGGAUUGCUGGAGGGGAGCCGCAAGAGUCGGCAUACGUCCCUGGAGUGGUCCUGUCGAAGCAUGUCGCCACGAAGCGCAUGGCAAGUCGGUUGCCUUUGCUCAAGCCAAGAGUGAUGCUGCUGGCAUUCCGCAUGGACCAUGUAUCGAGCGGUCUAUUCACCCUCGAUCGCGCCGAGCAGGAGAAAGAAUAUACAAGGAUUCUCGUCGCGCGCAUCGUGCAGCUGCGCCCGAAUCUUGUGGUGAUCCGCGAUUCUUGCUCGCGUCAAGCGAUAGCAAUGCUCGAAGUGAGUCGACGGAGCUCAAACGAAUGACGGCUGGGUCCAUGACUCCGCCCUUAUCUGACUUUUCCCCUGCUUCUUAGGGUGCUGGCGUUGUUGUCGUCUGGAGUGUCAAGCAGACGGCUCUGGAGGCGAUUGCUCGAUGCUGCAACGCUGACAUCAUCACGUCUGUCGACCGUCUUGGUCUGGACCCGCGCGUCGGACGCUGCGCAAGUCUGAGCGUCGAUACAUACUCCCAUGCUCUUCUCCCAAGCGCCCGCAAGUCGUUCAUGAAAUUUCUCGCUCCUAACUUUAUGCGCGAUCCGUCAACCACUGUCGACGUGGUUAGCGGCGCCUCGCAAGGGGGUUCAGUGGCCACAAUCGUGCUCAGAGGAGGCAGCAUGUCACUUCUCGGUCGCGUCAAGUCCGUCUUGGACUCCUGCAUCUUUGUAGCCCACAACCUUAGGCUCGAAGAUUGCCUGGCACGCGACGAAGCAACCACCAUCCAAGAUGUGGGGAACAACGACGAGGAUGCCAAGAAGAUGGGACACGCGGAUCGAUCGGAGCCCGCAGAUAAACGCAUUCGCAAGCUGAUGCGUCCGUACGAAAGUCACUUGGGGAGCGCAAGUGCUUUCCUGCAUGUUCCGCCUCCGUAUCCUCUCGUCAAGCUGAAGCAGGCCCAUGAGCGCCUGCAUGAGCUAAUACAUGAGCGCCAAGAAAAGGCAGAUAGGAGUCUCAUAGCGGACGAAAGAGCGGCUCGCAUUUCCGCUACUGAGCCCCGAGCCAGUGCUGGCACUCCACGCAAGGCAUCUAAGUCCUACGCCGAGGUGGCGGCAUCUGGCAGUAGUGAUACACUGGGCACUCCUCGAUCUAGGUUGGCGUCAGAAGGAUUUCAAGCAGAUGUGCUUCCGACCCGAGAGGUAGACAGCCCUCUCGAUGAGUCUGCACAAACGACCGAGAACGAUCAGAAGACUGUGAAUGCACAGACACCCACCGAUGCGCGCGCAGAGAUACAGUCUUCCUUUCCCUGGAUGACCGAUGCACUCACCUCAAAAGUACAAGUGGCAGGCCUCGCAGAGGUCCUCCCUCAACCUUCGUACCUGACGGAGGAGACGGCCUAUCGCCUGGCCGUGUUCCAGCGUAAUGCGGCAGAAAUGGCGUGGGGCGCGCUCUAUGCAAAGCAGCAGCAGCCAUUGCCCUUGCUGCCAUCAGCGCGACACCUCGUGUUCCUCGCCUCCUCAAUGUCCUCCACGACUCAGCGUCCAUGUGAAGGUCCCGCCCUCAGAGCCGUUGAGCUUUACAGCAAAGGCGACGACACAUUGGGCAGCAAACUCGAGCGUAUGGUCGCCGAGAGCGGAUCAACGUGCCCUGCCAAGGGAUGUGGGCGACCACGUCUCGCGCACUUCAAUGUCUGGGUGCACAACGAAAGGCGUGUUCUGGUAGUCCUAGAGCGUUUCGUCUGCCCAAUCCCGGGACAGGAGAGCAAAGUGCUGAUGUGGUCCUACUGCAAACGGUGCGAGCAAGCUUCGCCAGUGGCGCAAGUGUCAUCAGACACACUUUGCCUAUCAUUUUCCAAGUACCUCGAGCUGCACUGCAGUGCUGGCCCGAAUAGUAAGCGGGCAACGUGUGGACACGACUUCUUCGACGACCACGUUCAAUUCUUUGCCCUGCAAAAUCUGGCCGUGCGCUUUCACACCGACCCGGUCGAAGUCCGCGACGUUUCCCUUCCACCUUUGCACCUGCUCUCGCGGCCUGAUGUCGAAGGCCGUUUGAAGAGUGAGGAAGCAUCAAUCCUCGCUUGUCGAACGGCGGCCUACUUUGAAAGUGUCGGAGCUCGCAUCCUUGCUCUGCGAUACGAGGCAGGCCUUUGCCGUGACCAGGCUGCCGUUACUGCCAGCGCUCUGCUUCUUGACCAGAUGGGCACGCAAGCAGAUCGUGAUGCUGGAGAGCUCAUGUUAGCUCUGACGCGCGCGUGCGCCGAGACCCAGCCCACGGACGUCUUGGGUCUCAGUAUUGUGCGGCGGCGACUGCAGGAGGUGGUCGUCCGUUGGGAUCGCGAAUUUGAACGAUUUGAACGCGAGAAUCUUGCGGCGGAGCGAGAUGCCAGACGUUUGACGACCUCUGGCCUUUCGCGCAUGUUCGCCGAGCGAGAGCCCGUAACAGGUGGCGCGGAUGGCAGUACGCCACUGCCGCCUGCUGCGGAGGCUGACGAGUCUAAUAUUGGAAGCGGCCGGGACUCGGAAGUCGAAGGAUUGCCGCCGCAGCAAAAGGGAUCACCUGACACGACCCCAGAAAGCACGAAUACACCUGCUCCCUUGACCGCCGCUCUGCCGAUAGGCCAUACAUCGGCGCCUCCCAGCUCUAUCACCUCAUCGAGCGCCUUGUCCUCGGAUAGACUUACGCCCUCAGAUGCCUUGUCGGCAGACGAUCGCAUCUCUACGAGUGGUGAUGCCCCAGUUCGAAAGGCGCCUGGUGCAAACCCAGAGACGACGACGAUCACAGCUUUGAGCUCGCCUGCAACUUGGCGCCGGCGUCGACUCCAAGAACGAACCGCUGAAGAGAGCUCUUGCACAGAAGCAGAACCUGACGGCGGUGCUGUUCGCAAAUUUGUGCGUCGCUUGGAAGCGCCGCGGCCACGCAUUGAAUCGACGCUCGGCAGCCAGUCCGACGCGUCAGCAAGAAGGCCUAUCCUACGAAGGGGCAAGACGGACGAUACAACAGCGGGGACGCAUCAGCAAUGCGAAGUAUCUCCCUCUAAACCGCGCAGUCCGGAGAGGGUGUUGUCAGAUAAUGAGACAUCUGUCAGACUCACCAGCACUACUACUUCUCGGAAAGAUAGGAUGAUCGCCCAAAGUGCAGAUCGUAGCCAACUUCUCUCGACACUCAGUGGACCUUCCAAAACAGCAAGCGCGCCAUCUCCGUCUUACAGCCCCACAGUGCCUUCAAGUCGUCGUUUUGUGGCUCGACGUGGCCCGCCGAGUAGUUAUCGGCCGCCGAAAGUGAGCGAGCCAGAAUCGGACACCAGCACAGCGGUAAAACGUCUUGCAGUCUCAAGAAUUCCGGUGCGAUCGGAGAGCGAAACUGAUGACGUUAGAGAUGGCAAGGUCACGCGAACAAUCCUCCAGCGCAAGGGCUCGAGUGGCAAGAUACGCCAAGCAGGUGCUGCUGCUCCUGCUUCUGCGAAUAGUAGCACUCGCCGGCCCCUUGCAUCUCCGGUUUUGCGCCGCGGGACGCCUGCUAACGGACCUAGGUCGCGUGUUUCGACCAUCGCCCGUCAUUUUGACAAGAUCAAUCGCGAGGCAGAGCGAGAACGCGAGCGUCAACAACGGGUCCUCGCUAUUCGAGCCCGUAGAGCACAGCCAGUCGCUGCCACACACGCUCGCGUGGAGGUUUUCUCUAACGUGCUAGAAGCAGUUCAAGACGACGAUAGCAGUGACGAAGAUGAAGUUUCAGCAACGGGAGCAACCGAGCAGGGCACAGACGCCAAUGCAUCGGGUGGCGAAGCUGAGGAUGAAGACGACUCCGAUGCGGAUCGAUCACGAUUGCGGCGGGCAAGUGUGCGCAAGGACGCCUCCAAUGGGACCAUCACUCAGCAAAUUACGGCGCCCGAUCUCACCCUCACAUCUCAAAGUGGUCCUCCGACUGUCUGCCCGCCCUCGCCCCUCGAGGCGAUCGCGCCUGCUUGCGCAAUCCCUGUAAGCGCACCGGGGUCUCACGGAACGAACACACCACUCGCGCUCCCUUCACCUAGCCCAGACCCUCCUGCAAGCGCUGCAAUGACCCUUGGUCGCUCUUGGCGCCAAAGCUUGAUGGCCGAUGCGACAGACGAGCGCGGUGCGACGGGCUCCCUGCUGAAGACCUUAUCAUCACUUUGGGGCAGAGGACGGGCUUUACCUUUGUUAGACUAUCCGAUUGCAUCUUCUGAACAUUUCUUUGCCGACAGCGGCGUAGUCCUGCGAGAGGAUGAGCCCUCGUCGCUUAUUGCAGUAAGUGGCACGCGGUGGGGGAACAUGAUCGUGUCCGAAACUACUAACAGCCUGCUGGUCGGUUCUAGUUUACAUUAAGCUCCUCCACGUAUCAGCAUCGUCUGCGAACGCUACGCGCUUCACACGCUGAAUCCCCAUCAAGAAAUGCGAUCGAGCCUUUUGAUGGUGAAGGCAGCCUCGACUACGAGAAGACUCGAGCUGCUGAUCGAGGUCUCGAGCUACAGCUGCGGGAGCCGGAAGGCAUCCAUUUAAGGUUUGAAUUCAACAGCGGUGGCUGCAAAUUCCACAUCCGCACACUGUUCGCCGAACAAUUUGAUGCUCUGCGCAAGGCAUGCGACUGCGAACUCAGCUUCAUCCAAAGUUUGAGUCGAUGUGUCAAAUGGGACAGCUCUGGUGGCAAGAGCGGAGCAGCAUUCUUGAAGACCAAAGUGAGUACACCGUCUCCACCGAAAGGGCGGACCCGAGCUGACCACCGCGCGAUUUUAUCAGGACGACCGCUUUGUGAUCAAGGAAAUCUCCCGUGCCGAGAUGGAAGCAUUCUUGAGCGGCGCUACCGGUUACUGCCAAUACAUGGCCGAUGCGAUCUUCGGCGGACGGCCCACAACGCUGGGUAAGAUUUUUGGCUGCUUCCGGAUAUCCAUUCGCAACACCCAAACGGGGAAGUCCAUCAAGCUGGACUGCCUGGUCAUAGAGAACCUUUUCUAUGGUCGUCAACUCACGAAGAUAUUUGACCUCAAGGGCUCGCUUCGGAAUAGACACAUCCGCGAGACGGGCCGUGCUGAUGAGGUGUUGCUCGAUGAGAAUCUUGUAGAGAUGGCCAAUAAGUCUCCCCUCUUUGUGCGCGAAGAUAGCAAGAGUCUACUAUUGCAGGCACUACGAAAUGAUAGUCUGUGGCUAGAAAGCCAAAACGUCAUGGACUACAGCUUGGUAGUAGGGCUCGACAAGGAACGCAAAGAGUUCGUAUGCGGAAUCAUUGACUACGUGCGCACGUACACCUGGGACAAGAAAGUGAGUAGCAUGCCUCUGCUCGGCUCGUAUACCGCAAAGAUCUUGUCCUCAUCUAUCUUACUUCCUUCAGGCCGAGACCUGGCUGAAAGAGGCAUCAGCGCUUGGUGUUUCCAAGGCCACGCCAACGGUCAUCACGCCAGCGCUCUAUCGGCAACGUUUCCUCACCUUCAUGAGCUCCUCCUUCUUGCUCGUACCUGACGCGUGGUGUCCUCCUCCCGAAUCUCUGAACGAGACAUGCCAAUCGACUGCUCAAGGCGCUACACCUGUCGCCGCUCCCAGCUCAGCGAAUCACCACUGA